GCGCCUGGGUUGGCUGCCCCGGCGGCCUCUACGGCAGUAAUGGCUUCUCUGAUGUGAUAGUUUCCCCCGCCCCCUCGCGUAGGACGCGGCGGUGGGGCGGCGGUGGAAAGCCCAACUUUAUUGUUCCCCCGGCCCACCUCCCGGCGCGUCCUCAGGAUGCUCGGGAGCUGAGCGCCGGGGGCGGCGGAGGGUCGCGGUCCGUCCGGGCCCUCGCCUCAGAGCGCAGAGCCAAGGGAGGGAGGGAGUCACGAUGUCAGGUAGCCGCCAGGCCGGCUCGGGUUCCGCUGGAACGAGCCCCGGCUCCUCGGCCGCCUCCUCGGUGACUUCCGCCUCCUCGUCCUUAUCCUCGUCUCCGUCGCCGCCUUCUGUGGCGGCCUCGGCGGCGACGCUGGUGUCGGGCGGUGUGGCUCCGGCCGCGGGCUCCGGCGGCCUCGGCGGCCCCGGGCGGCCUGUGCUAGUGGCGGCCGCGGUGUCUGGCAGCGCGAGCGCCGGCGGGGCGGUGUCCGCGGGCCAGUCCCGGCUCAGCUGCGCGGCCAGGCCCAGCGCCGGCGUUGGAGGGAGCAGCUCCAGCCUCGGCAGCAGCAAUAGGAAGCGACCUCUGCUCGUCCCGCUUUGCAACGGGCUCCUCAACUCCUACGAGGACAAAAGCAACGACUUCGUCUGCCCCAUCUGUUUUGAUAUGAUUGAGGAGGCAUAUAUGACAAAAUGUGGCCACAGCUUUUGCUACAAGUGUAUUCAUCAGAGUUUGGAGGACAAUAAUAGAUGUCCCAAGUGUAAUUAUGUUGUGGACAAUAUUGACCAUCUCUAUCCUAAUUUCUUGGUGAAUGAACUCAUUCUCAAACAGAAGCAAAGAUUUGAGGAAAAGAGGUUCAAAUUGGACCACUCAAAUGGGCAUAGGUGGCAAAUAUUUCAAGAUCUGCUAGGAACUGAUCAAGACAACCUUGAUUUGGCCAAUGUCAACCUCAUGUUGGAAUUAUUAGUGCAGAAGAAAAAACAACUGGAAGCAGAAUCACAUGCAGCUCAGCUACAGAUCCUUAUGGAAUUCCUCAAGGUUGCAAGGAGAAAUAAGAGAGAGCAAUUGGAACAGAUCCAGAAGGAACUAAGUGUUUUGGAAGAAGAUAUUAAAAGAGUGGAAGAAAUGAGUGGCUUGUAUUCUCCUGUCAGUGAAGAUAGCACAGUGCCUCAAUUUGAAGCCCCUUCUCCAUCACACAGUAGCAUUAUUGAUUCUACAGAAUACAGUCAACCUCCAGGUUUCAGUGGGACUUCUCAGACAAAGAAACAGCCUUGGUAUAACAGCACAUUAGCAUCAAGACGAAAGCGACUCACUGCUCAUUUUGAAGACUUAGAGCAGUGUUAUUUUUCUACAAGGAUGUCUCGUAUCUCAGAUGACAGUAGAACUGCAAGCCAGUUAGAUGAAUUUCAAGAAUGCUUGUCCAAGUUUACUCGAUACAACUCAGUAAGACCAUUGGCCACAUUGUCUUAUGCUAGUGAUCUCUAUAAUGGUUCCAGCAUAGUUUCUAGUAUUGAAUUUGACCGGGAUUGUGACUAUUUUGCAAUUGCUGGAGUUACAAAGAAGAUUAAAGUCUAUGAAUAUGGCACAGUCAUCCAGGAUGCAGUGGAUAUUCAUUACCCUGAGAAUGAAAUGACCUGCAAUUCCAAAAUCAGCUGUAUCAGUUGGAGUAGUUACCAUAAGAACCUGCUAGCCAGCAGUGAUUACGAAGGCACUGUUAUACUAUGGGAUGGAUUCACAGGACAGAGAUCAAAGGUCUAUCAGGAGCAUGAAAAGAGGUGUUGGAGUGUUGACUUUAAUCUGAUGGAUCCUAAACUUCUGGCUUCAGGUUCUGAUGAUGCAAAAGUGAAGCUGUGGUCCACCAACUUAGACAAUUCUGUGGCAAGCAUCGAGGCAAAGGCUAACGUGUGCUGUGUGAAGUUCAGCCCCUCCUCCAGGUACCAUCUGGCUUUUGGCUGUGCAGAUCACUGUGUCCACUACUACGAUCUUCGUAACACUAAACAGCCAAUAAUGGUGUUCAAGGGACACCGAAAAGCAGUAUCUUAUGCCAAGUUUGUAAGUGGUGAAGAAAUUGUCUCUGCCUCAACAGAUAGCCAACUAAAACUGUGGAAUGUGGGGAAACCAUACUGUCUGCGUUCCUUCAAGGGUCAUAUUAAUGAAAAAAACUUUGUAGGCCUUGCUUCCAAUGGAGAUUAUAUAGCUUGUGGAAGUGAGAACAACUCCCUCUACCUAUACUAUAAAGGACUUUCCAAGACUUUGCUAACUUUUAAGUUUGAUACAGUUAAGAGUGUGUUAGACAAAGACCGGAAAGAAGAUGACACGAAUGAAUUUGUCAGUGCUGUGUGUUGGCGGGCACUGUCAGACGGGGAGUCCAAUGUGCUGAUUGCUGCUAACAGCCAGGGUACAAUUAAGGUGCUAGAAUUGGUAUAAAGAGUUUCCUGAUGUCAUUGUGUUUGAUCCUCCCAAAAGCCAUCUGCAGCUGAUGAUGAGAAGAAAAAGAAAUGGCAUGUGAUGUCUCUCUCAGCAUCAUUUGGAUUUGUUCUGAGUACCUUUUCCCUCCUUUAUGCCUUUGGGACAUUGGGAAUAUCCAGAGAAUUCUCCGCCAUCAGUGUAACUAUGAACUUUGCUGUUGGCAGUGUGGCUAUCUAAUUUUUGUGAUAGGGAAACAUUCUUUUAAAUAAAAAAUAACAAAAAAAAAAAAAAAAGUUUAUUGAGCCACAGCUGAGCUGGGAACACCUUUGUCAGGUGGGUUGAGAGUCUUUUGAAGAUGUAGCACUUGUGGGUUAUACAGAAUGUUCUGGCUGGGCCUGGAGAGAGGCUCAGUGAAUAAGAGCACUGGCUGCUCCUACAGAGGAUCUGGGUUCAGUCCCCAGCACCUAUGUAGCAGCUCACUGCCACUUAUAAUUCCAGUAGGAGACCUGACGUCCUCUUCUGGCCUCCUUGAGCACCAGGCAUGCAUGCGGUGCACAGACAAACAUCCAGACAAAACGCCUACACAUAAAAAUGAAAAUAAAUCUUAGUUUAAAAGAAAAAAAAUGGACUGGUGAGUAAUUUUAAUGUUGUGUUUCCCAACUUUUUUGGAAUUACACCUAUCAACAUGAACAAAAGAUAAAAUGUGUGGAUUCCUUCCAGUGAAGUUAAUGU